AUGUUGACUCAACCUGCUGGCGGAGAUCACACUCUGAAGGAUUACUCGUCUUCAAAGAUGAUCAAGAUUAUGCUAAGAGCUUCCACCACCUUGGUUGUUGGCUGGAUUUUACUCUUUAUUGGUGUAAACUCGGUCAAUAUAUCUGCGGUGGACGCCACAACUGAAAGCACAGAUGCCUCGACGCCACACUCUUUAACUUCAGUUAUCAUGGACCUCCGAAUCACUAACCGUGUUUAUAAUGAGUCACUGGCUGACCAGCAAUCAGCAGAGUACACAACGCUCAAACAAGAACUGGAUCAACUGUUCGAUGAUAUUUACGCACUCUCAUAUAACAGCACUCAUCUGAUGUAUUUGGGGACAGAUGAGAUGAUCUUCAGUAACGGAUCCGUGAUCGCCACAUCUCGACUGCUGUUUGGGCCAACGCACGUCAGUCCAGAGCUUGUGAGAGGCAUCUUUUUGCCAGCGUACAAACAAAUUCCCUCACCGUCACUAGACAUCGACUUCAGCUACACUGACAAUGAACUACCGACUGAAGGACCUUUUGAGGAAGAGAAGAACUUUAGCAGUCCGACAAUGACGACAUACAAAGACCCGCCUCUUUCGACCACGCCCCUAAUGACCACACCCCUCACCAGCCACUCUCCAUCCACACACACGCCCAACAUGUCCACUUCUAUUGGUGUAGAAAACAUCACACACUCCAUCCACUCCACAUCCACCCUCUUUAACUCCACCACGGUGCAUCCAACACCCAACGUAUUAAGUAACACAAGUACUUUAUACAGCACCACUGCAGAAACACCAGCUGGCUCCAUUACUACAGCUUCCAAUGGCACCACCAUCACUACCGUCCCAAAUGUCAGCACCGUCCCAACAACAACUGGCACCACCACCCCUGCAGCCUCCACUAGCACCAUAACUUCAGUCAGGACCACUUUAACAUCCGUCCACAGCACAGCUGUGAAUCCAACGACAAGCUCCACCCCAUUUACAACAAGCUCCACUCCAUUUUCAACAGCUUCACCCCAAAAGACCACACCCAUGUAUUAUUCUCCACCCACCAUCGCUGAUCUGGUGCCUGGAUGGGCGGUUGCCCUGUUAGCAUUGGUGGGCGUCAGUCUCUUCCUCCUCAUCCUCCUCAUCAUUCUGGUGGUGAUCUGGUGCUGUUGUCCAAAACGAAGGGUUUUUGUCAAUGAACCCGAAGAGAUGAAUCCACCCAUGUACUUCAGUCCAGACAUCCCCAUGUACUCCACGCAGAGCACGUUUGACACAACCAACGGCAAACAAGCGGAUGUCAGAGAAAAAACUCCAAAAAUCCGCACAGGAAUGUAUGUGGUAAACAAAUGAAAGACACAGGU